CAGCUGGAAAGAGAUGAUGGAACGUCCAUGGAAGAGAAUCCAUGGAGGUAUAUAAGGGUUUAAGCCCCCCUCGUACAAAGAGGCAAACUGUCACAAAAGUUCAGAGAGAAUUAGGAGAACUGCAGCAAACUCGAAGCUAGUUCAAACUAGUGGGAGGUUGUCUGCAAAUGGCUCGUGGAAAGGUUCAGCUGAAGCGGAUUGAGAACCCGGUGCACCGGCAGGUUACCUUCUGCAAGCGCCGAGCAGGGCUUCUUAAGAAGGCCAAGGAGCUCUCCGUGCUCUGUGAUGCAGAAGUUGGAGUUGUCAUUUUCUCCUCCCAUGGAAAGCUCUACGAACUCACCACCAAAGGAACCAUGCAAGGACUAAUCGAGAGGUACAUGAAAUCUACCCGAGGGGCUCAGCCUGACGCACCCAUUGAAACGCCACCUCUGGAUGCAAACGAGGAAAUUACCAUGCUGAAACAAGAGAUUGAAAUACUUCAAAAAGGCCUCAGGUAUAUGUUUGGAGGUGGUGCUGGGACAAUGCCUUUGGAAGAAUUAGUUGUGCUUGAAAAGCAUCUUGAGAUUUGGAUUCGUAACAUACGCUCAACAAAGGUGAACAUAAUGUGCCAAGAGAUUCAACUUUUAAGAAACAAGGAAGAAAUGAUGAAAGUUGCAAAUAAGUAUCUCCAAGAUAAGAUAGAAGAAUACACUGCCGUGCCUGACUUUGCACCAAUUACCACUAAUUUUUCAUACCCACUAACAAUACAAAAUGAAAUAUUUCAGUGUUAGGAUUUGCUCUAUAGUAGACCAAUCAUAGAGCAUUCUUCCUAUUAUCUAAGAAGGGUUUUAAGUUAUUUAUUUUAAGGUGUGUCGAGUGAGUUAGAAACUUCAUGAACGUUUGUACUCAUAGUUUUCUAGGUUGUUUACAAUAUCGCAUGCAAGUCAAUGUAAUUCUCUGAUAAAGGGUUCCAUCCUAGUACUAUUAUUUUAACUUGAUUGUAAGUAUUAUGGUGUCGUUUGCU